GUCCCCAAUGCCGAAGAACAGCAAGGUGACGCAGCGCGAGCACAGCCAUGAGCACGUCACAGAGUCCGUGGCCGACCUGCUCGCGCACGAGGAGCCCCUGGACUACAAGAAGAGCUCCCUGACCGUGGGAGGGGCUGCUGGGAAGAAGAGCCCGCUGCCCCCCGAAACACCGGAGAACGACGGCCGUCCGGCCUGGAACAGCAAGCUGCAGUACAUCCUGGCCCAGGUGGGCUUCUCCGUGGGGCUCGGCAACGUGUGGCGCUUCCCUUACCUGUGCCAGAAGAAUGGAGGAGGUGCCUACCUGGUGCCCUACUUCAUCCUCCUCAUCCUCAUCGGCAUCCCGCUCUUCUUCCUGGAGCUGGCCGUGGGGCAGAAGAUCCGCCGGGGCAGCCUGGGGGUGUGGAACUACGUGUGCCCGCGCCUGGGUGGCAUCGGGGUGUCCAGUCUGAUGGUGUGUGGCUUUGUGGGUCUGUACUACAACGUCAUCAUCGGCUGGAGCAUCUUCUACUUCUUCCAGUCGUUCCAGUAUCCACUGCCCUGGGCUGAAUGUCCAAUCAGGAGGAAUGGAUCUCUGGCCACUGCCAGGUGA